AUUUGGCGACGGGGAAAACUACUAUUAACCACUCAGCAGCAGCAACAUAACAAUUUGGCGACGGGAAAACUAUGGAUCCUUCUAAAUUGGAAUUAUUGUUUGAACGACAAAUGAAAUUAAUGGAAAUGUUCGUCAACCAACAGACUGGUCCAGCUUCACCUUCAAGCAAUCCGAACCAUACCAUGCUACCAUCUGUCGAUGGAAUUGUGAAUAGUUUUUCACAGUUCAAUUAUAAUCCAGAUGCGAAUAUCACUUUCGACACAUGGUAUCAACGUUAUGAGGAUUUAUUCACUGUUGAUCUCGCCUCACAAGACGAUGCUUGGAAGGUGCGAGUGUUGUUACGUAAAUUGGGUCCCGCAGAAUAUGAACGGUACUGCAACCUAAUUUUACCCCAGAAACCACGUGACAAGUGUUUCGGUGAUACAAUAAAGCUGCUGAAUGAACAUUUUGGAGACCACUCCUCAUUAUUCAGUAUACGUUAUCGUUGCCUCAAGCUGACAAUGAAUGAAAAUGAUGAUUUUCUUACUCACGUUGGCACAGUCAACCGAGAAUGUGAGAGAUUUCGACUCAGGUCCUUAACAGAUGAUGAGUUCAAAGCCUUAAUUCUCAUAUGCAGUCUUCAGUCUCCUCGUUUCACAGAUAUCCGAACUCGACUGCUCAAUCAGCUAGAACAAAAUCCUAAGUUAACAUUACAUGACAUAGCUGAUGAAUAUCAACGGCUGAUUAAUUUGCAGAAAGAUACACACCUGGUCGAAUCAACACCUUCGAGAAGCUCUGAUAUUUAUGCAUGACGAAAG